AUGGCCGCUCCUGGAAAGAAACGUGCUGUCAAUGUUGAAGAGAAUAAAGAAGAAAAAGAUAAUUUAGAAGAAACUGAAAGUAGCGAUGAAGAUUCCAGUUCGGAAGAAAAUUUAGACAAUUCUAAAAAUGAGGUGAUACAAAUCGAUUUCGAGGGACGCAAUCCCAUCGACUCGGAUUUUCACGGAAUCAAACAACUGUUGAGCCAACUUUUUCUUAAAGCUCAUAUUAAUUUAACAGAGCUUACAAAUUUGAUAAUUAAUCAAAAUUUCAUCGGUAGUGUUAUUAAACAAUCUGAUAGAGACGAUGAAGAAUCUGAUGAUGAUGAUGAUGAUGAAACCGAUGCGAAUCAAGUUUUUGGAAUUACAACCGUAAUUAAUUUGACUGAAAAACAAAAACUAGAGUGCAUACAACAGUUAAGAAGCUUACUUCUUGAACUGUGCAUAGAAUAUGGAUCAGAUCGAGAAGUUUCAUUUGUUAGAAAUUUGAUGUCAAACGAUAACAAACCAGUUGGACUGUUGAUAAACGAACGAUUUGUAAACAUUCCACCACAAAUUGUUGUUCCUUUGCUAAAAAGCUUAAGGUCUGAAAUACAAAGAGCUGUCGAAAGGAAAAUGGCUUUUGAUUUUUCUUAUAUCAUAUUAAUUUGCAAAUUGUAUAAAACCGAUUUGACGAAUAAAAAGAAAAAAUCGAAAAAAAAUAAAAAAUCUUCACAUGAAAUUAUUUGGUCUAAUCCAGAAGAAGAAAUUAUUGAUAAAUUAGCCGAAGUCCAGUUUGAAUUUUCCGUAGAAAAAGAAAGCGAUUCAGGUUUAACUGGUCUUUGGAAAGAAUCAGAUGAAGAAAUGACUCCAUUACGUCGCGUUUUAAUUAUUCCUGCAUCUAAUUUGGAUAAAAUGAUUGAACAAUAUUGGGAUAAAACAUAA